UCCGCGGAGGCUAAAAAGGAAACCGCCAUUUUUCUAAUUCUUUCAUUCUUCUCCUUCAAACAAAAACCCUAGCCCGAAAAAACUCAACCGAAAAAAAAAAAAAAAACUGAAACCAUAGAUCAUGUCGUACGACGACGUGGAGAUCGAAGACAUGGAGUGGAACGAGGAGUUGCAGGCGUAUACCUAUCCCUGCCCAUGCGGUGACUUGUUUCAAAUAUCCAAAGCCGAGCUCCAACAAGGCGAGGUAAUUGCGAAUUGCCCCAGCUGUACCCUUUUCAUAACUGUAAUUUACAACAUCGAAGAUUUCCUCGACAACAAACCGAAAGAUAAACUCGAGCCCUCCCAACAACAGCCGGUUGCCGCCGCGUAAUUUAACGAAACGCUU